AUGAGUGACGCAGAAGAGGCCAACCUCACAGAGGUGGCCGUCUCAGUCUCCCCCCAAGCCACGCAGGGGCACCUGGUGUCAUUGGGAGGCGGAGAUCCUCCCCAGGCCCUAGUUGCUGGCAACCUCAGCGGGGACUCAAUCCCCAAGGCCACCACGGCAGCGGGAGCCAAGGAAAAGGUGCCCAAGAAGGUCAUCGCCAAGAAGGUGAGCGGCACCGUCAAGUGGUUUAACGUGAAGAAUGGGUACGGGUUCAUUAGCAGGCAUGAUACCCAAGAAGAUGUGUUCGUUCACCAGACGGCCAUUACCCGGAACAACCCUCACAAGUACCAACGCAGCGUGGGUGACCGUGAGACCGUGGAGUUUGACGUGGUGCAGGGCGAGCGGGGUACGGAGGCCGCUAAUGUGACCGGGCCAGCUGGCGCCCCAGUGGAAGGGAGUCGCUAUGCAACCAACUGGCCCGGCUUCCGCCGCAGCUUCUACAUCCGCCGCCAGGCACAGCAGCCCUGCGGUCCUAGGGACUCCGAGGACGACCUCGAUGAAGGAGAAGGCAGCAGUGAGGGCUUCGUGGGACACUGCACAGCUGCUCAGGGCCCAAGGCGCUGCCUGCCAAGCCGCCCAGAAGACCAAAGGCUACAGCGCUUCCCCCACUUCCGCAGGGUCCAGGACAUGACUCGCCGCCCGUCGGUCCUCGCUCCCACCAACGGGCAGCGGGGUGCCCACCUGCCCGGGUCCAGUCCAAUUGCAAAGCCCGAGGGCGUACCGAGGCGGGGACCUGGCCCCAGCUAUCUGCUGAGUCGCCCGAGGGGCCGUGGCACCACUCCUGGUCCAAGAUCUUCAACUGGCAUCUCUGAGGAUCUGGAGACUCAGGAUGAGGAGAGUGGGUACGAUGCUGGUGGUCAGCAGCAGAGGCCCCCUCAACGGUAUGGAUCCCGCUGCUCCAGCGACCCUUGCCACUGCCCGCAGCAGGUGCCUGGUGUCCAGGGUCAGGAUUCCGAAGGAGGAGAGGAUGAGAUGAAGAAGGACCCUGAGGAAACACCUGCUUCUGUCGCUGUGGUCAAGAAGAGCGAAACUGCUGAGGACACGGCGGUGGCAGAUGCCCCCUCUGCAGUCCAGACCCAGUAG